AUGGUCAACGACUCAGCCGCACCACAGAAGCACGGCUCCAUAGGCAACCAUGACGACCCGCUCUCGCCUCCUCCUCCUCCUCCUCCCGCCACCACCAACGCCACGGACCAAGGCACCGACCCCAAGCCGCACAGCGACGCUCCCCUCACCGGCCUAGUCGACACACAGCCACCCCAACAACCAGCAUCCCCCGUCUUGCCCGGCUCAUUCGACACGCCUGCACAACCCUCGACACCUCCGCCCAAGGUUCCUGCAAAGGACCCAGCCCUCGACCAAAGCCGCCCCUCUGACCCCAGCCCAUUGUCCGCCACCUCUUCGCCGGCAUCUUCGCCAGCUGCCAACGCAGGCCAGCCCGAUUCUGCGACCACAGCCCCUGCGAGCAGCCCAGGCGCACCCGACGCUGCAGAGGCGGCCUCACCACCGGCACGCCGCCCCGUCUACAAGCGGCGCUCGGCGCCCAGGCCAAAGGGCAUCCUCAAGCCCGCACCGCCGCCUCAAAAGGGCUUCUCGUUCCGCAGGGACAUCCUCCAGAACCUAAAUACCCGCCUCGCACAGCAGGGCGUAAAUGUACAAGUUCCCGUCCCGCAGGCUGGCACCGCACAGGCCACCGCCUCCUACAUCGGCGGCGUCUUCCGAAAGAUCUCUGGCUUUGCUGCGGGAGCAGCGGCCAAUGUCGGUGGCCCAGGUGCCGCCGGGUUCGGUGGCUACCAGGACCCACAGCAGCAGCAGCAGCAGCAACAGCAGCAUCCCGCUAGAUGGAGCAAUGACUCUGGUCCUGGCGGGCCGCCCCAGAGGCAGGGCACCGCAACCUCGGUCAACAGCGAAGGCGGCGGCGGCAGCACCCUGUCGGUCCGCAGCGCGUCAUCGACCGCAUCAGACGUCACCAUCUCAGCGGCGCCGCUCAAAAAGGUGCAGUUCCAGGUCUCGCUGAUGAAGGUCACCUACCCGAUCGAAGGCACGGGCACGCCCGAGGACGAGGACCUUACCAGGAUCCGGGUCGAGCGCGACCACCGCAAGACGGUCCGCGCACUAAAGGGCAAGAAGUGGACGCCCGAGGAGCUCGAGGCCCUCUACCGCGAGUGCUGCCGCACGCGAGAGGAGCAGCCGCUCAAGAGGAUGCGGAUCGUCUUCCAGGACGCCGCCCAGGCAGUGCCGCCCGGUCUCAGGACGAUGGACCUGUCGUCCACCCCGCUCGAUCGGCAGGCGGUCGAGCCGAUCGCCGACCUGCUCAGCGUCGACUUUGGCCUCACCAAGCUGCUGCUCGAGAACUGCUCGCUGACCGACAGCAGCCUCAAGUCGAUCCUGCACGCGCUGCUCGUCUCUGGCACCCUGCCCAACCUCAGCCUGGCGAGCAACCGCAAGAUCCGACUCAACGGCUGGAAGUACGUCGCCAUCUUCAUGCGCAGGGCGCAGGCGCUGCGCUACCUCGAUCUGUCCGAGAACUCGAUCAACAAGGCCUCGCUCGAGCACCUCCUGCAGGCCAUCACCAAGCCGGUCGAGGCCGUCACCCGCGUCGGAGGGCCAAAGUCCGGCAACGCCGCCAAGUCGGGCGCUGAGCCGGCAUCAACGGCGGCGGAGGACAAGGCGGCCACCGUCGACAACCAGGACGACGAGGCCGACUUUGACGAAGAGGGACAGCCGCUGAUGCCCACGGCACCGCUGCUGCGCAACGUGUCGGAUGAAGCCGAGCCUCCGGCGUCGGCCCUCAUCUCGCUGCGGCUCGAAAACUGCGGCCUCAAGACGGCCACGCUAGAGAUGCUAGCCCGCUCGGUCCGCCUCUCCGAAAUCCGGCACCUCUCGCUGCGGCGCAACGGCAUCAACCAGCUCGGCACCGUCACCCUGGCAAUCCUGCUCAAGGACUAUCCCGACAGCAUGGCGAUCGACGACGAGAUGGCCAACGGCACUCGGCGCGAGAAUGGCGGCGCGCCUGCCGGUUCGCGGCAAGUCGGCGUCGCUGGCACUGCGGGAGGAUACAACGCGGCGGCGAUGCGGCAGGGCAGGUCGCGAGAGGUUGCCUCGAGCCAGGGCUUCGACCGCCGAGAGCGGAGCUACUCGCCGAGCCUACCGGAAGUCCCCGUGAUCGUCUCGAGCCCGGCAGGCGGCUUCACCAGCCGCAGGAUGCCCGUCAGCGCCGGCUCGCCGGGUGCCUCGCCCCUCGGCAGCCCCAGCCGCGAGAUUGAUGCGCGGCUGACGGACGUCGAGCGCAGCGCUGCGCGCCGCAACGCAGCGCCGUCGCAGUCCGAGGAGGAGGCCAUCGCCCUCUUCCAGGCCAAGCGCGCCAAGCGAAUCCUGGCGGACCUGCCGCGCGUCGGCAACCUGCUGACGCUCGACCUCAAGUCCAACGACAUCCGCGGCGGCGUCACCUACAUUGCCCAGGUGCUCAAGAAGAACCGCACGCUGCGCGUCCUCAACCUCAGCGACAACCAGAUCGAGAUGCCCGGGCUGGUGGCCAUCGCCGAGGCGCUCAAAUACAACUCGACGCUCGAGACGCUCGACAUGAGCCACAACCCCUGCUCGGGCCCCGGCCUCGAAGGGCUGACGACGCUCCGCACCGCCUUUACGCUCAACUCGAACCUCAAGCGCCUCUUCCUCAACGGCACCGACCUCUCGUCCGAGGGCGCCAUUGCGCUGGCCGAGUUCCUGCCCGAGGCCAAGAGCCUCAUCCACCUCGACCUGGCCGAGAAUUUCGACAUCGACAUUGCCGGCGUGAUGGCGCUGGCCGUGUCGGUGCGCAUGAACAAGAGCCUGCGCUGCCUCGACCUCAACAUCCCGCCCAACAACCCGGACUUUGCUCGGCUCUCGCAGGAGAUCCUGCAGAGCUGCAUCCGCAACACGGAGCUGGCGCAGCAGAAGGCGACGCAGAAGGGGCUCAAGCAGCCGAUCGCGGCGCCCAUCUACAAGUCGGUCGUGGCCCGGGCGGCGCGGGAGCAGGACGAGCGGCUCAAGGCCAUGAAGAUGGCGCGGGCGGCCGAGGAGCAGGCGGCGCUGGCGGCCGCGGGCGACAAGCGCAAGGCGACCGAGGACCUGCUGGCGGCCGCGAGGGAGUGCAGCAACGUGCUGCGCGACCUGCUCGAGGGCGAGGAGAAGCGGCAACGCGAGGCGCCCGAGCACAAGGUCGCGCCGCCCGGCGACUUUGUCGACGACCUGACCAAGCAGAGCAAGAGCCUGCAGCGGAGGCUCGGCAGCCUCGCCACCAGCGCCGAAGAGGGUGAUGUGCUGGAGCGGUGCCUGGCGCUGAACGACGAGCUCAACGAGGUCACGACGCGGCUCGAGAGGUUCUACCGCUACGGGUCUGCCCCGCUGGGUGACUCCAAGUCCGAGCAGGCGGCUCUUGCCGGCCCGUCGCCGUCUGAGCGCGACAUGCUCGCGCCGCCGAUGGUCGACGAGUCAGGGCUCAGCUCCCCAGCCUUUUCCAUUGCCGAUUCCGACGACGACGACGACGAUGACAGCGACGGCGAUGACGACGACGACGACGACGGGAGGAAGCGGAAAGCGAAUGGGCGGCACGACUCUGGCGACGUCGUCCAAGGGCUCGGCAUCAACAGCGCGCGCACGCCGACGGCGGAUCGAGAGGAGCCGGAGGAAGGCGAGGCGCGCGAGAGGGACGAGCGCUCGCCCUCGGGCCUGAAGGCCAAGGGGCAGCUGAGCGAGGAGGGCGAGAUCUUCCGCAAGGCAAAGAGCCUCGGCCUCGACGCAGAUGCAGACGACAGCUCGAACGGCAGCGACGGCGACGGCGACGGCGAUGAGGGCGGCGAGGCCCACGGCGGCAGCUCCGCGGCAGAGGGCGGCGAAACGGACGCACCGGCCGUUGUUGGUGCCGCCGCCGCCGACGCCACCGCCUCUUCCGCUGUUUCCGAGGGCACGACAGCGGAUCCGUCGCUGCUGCUGGUGGAUGGGACGGGCAUGAAACGACGCGGAUCGUCGUCGUCUUCGUCUUCGUCCCUCGGCGGCGGCGGAAGCGGAAGCGGUGGCGGCAGGAUGCGGAGGGGAUCGAGCAACAGCCACCACGGCAGCGGCGGCGAGGGGCUAGACCGCGAGAUAAGCGGCGAGGAGCUGCGAAGGGACCUGCUCCACGCCGAGCUGCCGCCCAAGGCGCCACGCAGUCCUCUCCAGCUCGCACUCGAUGUGGGAGGGGCAAGCGCCGUCGUCGACGAGGGCGACGAGGCACGCACGUGA